ACGAGAGCGAGGGUGAGGGAGAGAGAGAGAAAAGAGGGGGAGCACAUGUGUAUGCUUGUCACUGAGGGGCUGGGAGAAGGACUAAGGGAAGCGAGGUAGCUGGCCACAGCCGCCAUAUGCUGACUGGAUUCCUGUUCAUGUCUGCUGUGUGAAGACUGUAGGUUAGUGUUGUGUGUGCUGGCCGGGCUGGGGAACACACCAUGGGAAGCUCACAUCUCCUCAACAAAGGCAUGCCUCUAGGCAUCAGGCCACCCAUCAUGAACGGACCCAUGCACCCGCGCCCCCUGGUGGCGCUGCUGGACGGGCGCGACUGCACUGUGGAGAUGCCUAUCCUCAAAGACGUAGCGACCGUGGCCUUCUGUGACGCUCAGUCCACACAGGAGAUCCACGAGAAGGUGUUGAAUGAGGCUGUAGGAGCGUUGAUGUACCACACCAUCACUCUGAUGAAAGAAGACCUGGAGAAGUUCAAAGCUCUUCGUAUAAUCGUGCGCAUCGGGAGCGGCUACGACAACAUUGACAUCAAAUCAGCAGGGGAACUUGGCAUCGCUGUAUGUAAUAUGCCAGCAGCUUCAGUGGAGGAGACAGCGGACUCCACUCUGUGCCACAUCCUCACCUUGUACCGACGCACCACGUGGCUGCAUCAGGCUCUGAGGGAAGGCACACGGGUUCAGAGUGUGGAGCAGAUACGUGAGGUGGCGUCGGGGGCAGCAAGGAUCAGAGGAGAGACGCUGGGACUCAUAGGACUUGGUCGAGUGGGGCAGGCUGUGGCUCUGCGAGCCAAAGCCUUUGGCUUUAAUGUGAUUUUCUAUGACCCUUAUUUGGCUGACGGAGUAGAAAGAUCCCUAGGACUUCAGAGGGUCACCACACUACAGGACCUGCUUUUCCACUCUGACUGCGUCUCUCUACACUGCAGCCUGAACGAACACAACCACCACCUGAUCAACGACUUCACCAUCAAACAGAUGCGUCAGGGGGCAUUCCUGGUAAACACAGCCAGGGGAGGUUUGGUGGAUGAGAAGGCUCUGGCUCAGGCUCUGAAGGAGGGAAGGAUACGUGGAGCCGCUCUGGAUGUGCAUGAGACAGAACCCUUCAGUUUCAGUCAGGGCGCACUGAAGGAUGCCCCCAAUCUGAUCUGCACUCCUCACGCUGCCUGGUACAGUGAACAGGCUUCACUGGAAAUGAGAGAGGAGGCAGCCAGGGAGAUUCGAAGGGCUAUUACAGGUCGUAUUCCAGACAGUCUGAAGAACUGUGUGAACAAAGAGUUUCUAUCCCAGAACAACCACUGGACAGGAGUUGACCCAUCGUCUGUCCAUCCAGAGCUAAACGGGGCUUAUAGGUAUCCCGCAGGAGUUGUGAGCUUGCCAGCCGGCGGCCUCCCACCUCCAGUUGAAGGCAUUGUGCCCAGCGCUGUGCCCAUCACACAUACCCUCCCGCCUGCUAUCACACACCCUCCUCAUGCCCCGUCUCCUGGACAAAACACAGUAAAGCCACCAGAGGGGGACAGAGAGCAGCAUCCGAACGACCAACUGUAGCCACACACACACACAUAAAAGCUUAUCCAUGUUGUCUGGUAACUGGAGGAGGUCGACAUGGCAACCGGUGACAAAGCAGUGAGUUCCCUAGUGACAACUUAUCAGAUUUACAGAUUGUCAGAUCGACAGGUUGAGGUCCCAAAAAAACAGCCCAUUCACCACUCGACAAAGAGGAAGAAGAUGAAGAUGAUGUUAAAGAGGAUGAGGAGCGGACAGCUGUCAAAUGCUGUAACUCAAGCACAAGACAGUUGUCCUCUGCUCUGCCCAGAAGUCCCAAGAAAGACUGUAAAACUCAAGGUCCACAGUUUGAUCUUCACACAACAACUUGACUAGAUUUUUAAGUAUUUUCCUCUGCCAGAAGUAAAAAACAACAACAACAAAACAACACAUAUUUCUUGAUUUGGAAAUAUUUAAAAAAAGAAAUCAAAUUCUGCUGUCUUAGACUGUAGUGUGUCCAAAGUUAGAAGAGAGCCGUUCAUGUCUUUCUCUCCCUUUCUGUGUGUCUUUCUCUUAGUUUGAUGUACAAACAAGUAGUAGGUUAUGAAAUGAAUGUAACCUGUCGGUGUACAGUUUUUAGACUUGCAGCAAGAAGUUACUGACAUUUGUAUCCCAGUCUUACACAAAAACAAGAGUUAUGGGAUCACUCUAUGUAGCCAAACUGGUAUGAGAACUGAAACAUGUUUUGUUUUUUGUUUGUUUUUUUUUGUCCCCAAAUUAACCAGCUCAUCCAUCCCUCCAAAAAAAAAGAGGCAGCUUUUUGCACACCAUCUCAGGAAAUUAAGUUUCCACGGUUGGUUUUCCCCCCUCCAUAUUCUUUCACCUUUUUGUUUGUGCUAUGAACCUCAUGCUUUUGUUUUUUUACCUGCUUGCCUUUUGCGUUCCACUACAUUAGAAAGAGAACUUAAGUUCAUCUAAUGUCGGCUUUUGUUUGUCAUGUUUAAAGGAGCAUGUGAUUUUGCUCUUGGACAUUAUGUAAAUGUUUCUCCCAAAUUGAAGGGGUUGUGGGAGGAAAGGCUGCAGGCAGGUGGCAAAAUGGUAUGCUUGGCUUGAGCGACUUCAUUACCAGUCACAAUUUCUAAAUUGCAAAACAGACUGGAUGUGUUAAUUACUGUGUAUGACAAAGCCGCUUGUCCAUGAGGUGAUUCUUCUAAAAUUGUAGUUAUCUUUGUCUUGUUCUUGUGCGAUGAUCCAGUACUUCCACAAUCACACAGUAACCGUUCGACACAGCGAGGUUUACAAAUGACGCACAGCACUGAUGGAUCGGUGUUUUGCUUCUUGCUGCUAAAUAAGUAUUUCACAAAAGUCGUCUAGCUCUGGAUAAAUCAUUCACAUCCUCUUGAAGACAGUUAAUGCAAGUGGAAAGAUGAGGAACAGUUGUGUGCUUGAUGUUUGGUCAAAACAAUUUUUGUUUUUAUAUUUUUGAUUUUCUCCAAUAUCAUCUUUUUUUAAGAAUAAUUUGAAAAAAAAAAAGAUUCCUGGUGUGUCAUUUUAAAGAGCUCUCUAAAAGAGAAACAAUCUACUUGUGCAAACAAAAAACUAUGGUUUUACAAAACCGCGAGUGACAUCAUGGCUACACAAGAAAAGAUAUUUAAUGAUAGCAUGUCAGAAUGUAUGAAUUGUUCCAGUAGAAUCCCUUUAACAUUUCACGAUGGCUCCUUCCUGAGUAUACCGUUUAGCCACCCUCUGUGGCUUCUGUCUAUGUGUACAUAUGGUGUUCUGCCUGCCUGUGUCAAUGUGACUUGGUUGUAUCUGUGUCUAAAGAAAAAAAAAAAAACAGCACUGGGAGGAGGGGUGGUGACUAGCACUCAACAUUACAAAUACUGCCAUCCAAAUACAUAAGUUAAAAAAGAAUAACUCUCUGACUUAAAGGUCCAGUGGUGUAAGAAUUAGAGGCAUUGAACGGUGGCGACUUCAGAUUGGAACAAAUGAAGGACUCCUUUGCUCAUGCCCACUUUCCCAAGCGUGUGAGGGAACUACAGUGGCCUUUGCACAACAGAAAGGAUGUCACCCUUCUUCCUUAGCAUAGUAAGCUCCUGCUUUAAAAUGAGAAAGGCACACUUGUCUGUGGCACCCUUUACACCUGGCAUUAGAAUUCUCCCCUUACGUCACCUCCCUCCAUUCUUCUGCAAAGAUUUCCAGCAGCAGACUACAGCGUCACGUCCUAUGUGCUGCCAUAUCAACAAAUGCAUGUGAAGUCGCUCUAUUGCAUAGACUUCUCUUUGCUUUUCAAAGCGGGGGAAGAAGUUGUGGAAAGACGACAAAAGCAGAGGAGACUGCACAGUUUUGUCGUCAUUUUCACAUUAGCUGUGGUUGGAGCUACCAACGUAUUUCCACUCACAUAGUGGAGAUGCAUCAGAGACUCGUUGCAUUUACACUUCUGUUCAAUGUGGACACAAUUUUUACUGCCAGGUGUAAUGGUGGCCUCCUUAAUGCAAGGCAAUUGCUUAAAGUGCAUAAAAUAAAGAUACAAAAGCAUGAUUACACACUUACACAAACAUACUUAUGGCUAGUAUGUUCAAUCUUUUGCCAUUAAAUCCUCCCAAAUGUCCUCACUGGAACUUUAAGAUAGCGAAUUGAGCCAAACUUUUUACUGGUCACAUUCCCACAAUGCGACAACCAAACAAAACUGUUAAGUCAGGGGUAAAACACCUGACGGUCUCUCCCUCAUGAUGAAUAUUUAUUACCGAUUCCAGCUCCUGUGUUGUUGGUGUUAGCGGGCCCAGCUGAGUGACGGUGCUUUCUCAACCCCCUUCUACCAGCAGCUGAGUAGUUAAAACAGUCAACUGUUGCCUACCUGGUCGUCUUCAUGGUGAGGUAGUCAGUGUAGCAAUCAGGGAUGGAAAUUUCACAAGGCCAAGCUAGUGUCAGCCAGAUACCAAACAGGGGAUUUUGUCCAGAACCUCCAAAACACUGAAAGGAAUGUGCAAAUAUUUUGGACGUUAUGCUUCAUCUUUCCUCACCAGAUGCCUGUCAUUGUGUGGAGGAGAAACUCUUCAGUUGUAUUUCAGUCUAAUAUAAACUCAAAGCAUUCCUUACUCAAACCAAUGAGUGCCACAAUCAACAACAGCACACUGUUUGUUUUUUUUGUUUUUUUGUUUGAUUGUUUUCAAGCGACAAAGUGCUCUUUGAAAUUCCAUCCCUGAUAGUGACAAACAGUCCACUGUUGCCUACCUUGGUCCCUUUUAUGGUAUAGUAGGCGUAGCAAUAUACAGUAUACAUAUUCUAUAUUCUACAGUAAAUAUCAUUAUUUUUGGUCAAAACUGACAACCUGACAAAGAUAUGUUUGUGACUGUAUGCAUUUGUAUGAAUUAUUUUAAAAGGAAAUAAACUGUGGAAAGGUGAA